UCAGUGUUCAGAGGCUUGGUAUUAGUUAUGAUGGGACAUUAUCUUUUAUUAUCAGUAAGGUAAUAGUUUAUGAUUAUUUUUCAAUUAUUGAAUUAUUACAAGUGAAAUAAUUGUGUCAAAAAUGAACUGUUUCCAACAGUUAAUAGGUUUUAAUGAUGGUGGAUGUGAAAGGUUUGGCAACUGAACAUUUCUGGUUGAAAAUGGCGGCCCCAUUUUCUUGAUAGAAUCCAUCUAGAUUGGGCUUUGAAUAAUGGUCAUUUUCCAGUGGAAUGCCACACAAGCUUGAAGCAUUACGAAAAUGGAAAAAGAGAGAGAGGAAAAGGAGAAGAAUCUGUAAAAAAGUUUGAAGGCCGAGAAAGACAAGUUGCAGAAAUAUGGAAAAAAUUGUCCUUUUUAGCUUUUAUAGCUUUUUUUUUUGAGAGAAAAAGAUUGCCCUUUUUAGCUUUUAUAGUUUGAAACGGCAAAGAAAAAAAAAUGGGGCAAACGUUGAAGCCAUGACCCGUGAAAGGGACUAGCCAGCAAUGGUGGUUGAAGAGAAAGGGUCCCGGUGCUUAUCACGUGGAACUCCUUCUAUAAGGAAUGUAGUCUACACGCUACUGCUACUGAUAUUGAUGAUUUCUACUGUUCUUAGCUUUGGGUUUUGGUUUUCUUGAAUUCAAACAGCCAUUUUUGGCCUGGGGGUGUGCUCUCAAGCUCAAGAAAAGCUUCAAUUUCUGGUAAAUUCUUUGUUUUCUGGUAAAAUAUCAUACCAGCUCAAAUCAAGAAGGUCAAUAGGUCGCUUCCUUGAAACUUUAUGGGCGAUUUGAGAUGGUCGUCUAACACUCACUGCCUCGAGUCCUCUGUGGAAAUUCCUUUCGUUUUGACAAACCCGACGUGUCUUUGACAGCAAUCUACGGUUCAGUACAUAGGAAUCUCGGGAUAGAUAUGGAUCUUGAAUAUGGGAAGUGUUGGGACACCACAAAGAAGAAUUCUUGGAAGGCGACGCUGAUCCUAGCUUAUCAAAGUCUGGGUGUCGUUUACGGGGAUCUCAGCAUUUCCCCGUUGUAUGUCUUCAAGAGCACAUUUGCGGAAGACAUUCAGCAUUCGGAUACUAAUGAAGAAAUUUUCGGGGUUAUGUCGUUUGUUUUCUGGACUUUAACUCUUGUCCCUUUAUUCAAGUAUGUGUUUAUAGUCCUCCGAGCUGAUGACAAUGGAGAGGGUGGUACUUUCGCGCUUUAUUCCUUAAUAUGCAGGCAUGCCAAAGUAAGCCUUCUUCCAAACCGACAAGUUUCCGAUGAAGCCCUUUCCACGUAUAAACGGGAGGAACCUCCCGAGAGAAACAAUAGAUCGAGGGUGAAGUUGGUGCUCGAGAAGUACAAAUUCCUCCACACGGCAUUGCUAAUCUUGGUGCUCCUUGGCACUUGUAUGGUCAUUGGAGAUGGACUUCUUACUCCCGCCAUAUCCGUUUUCUCUGCGGUUUCUGGGCUCGAGUUCUACAUGUCCAAGGAUCACCACCAAUAUGCGGUGGUUCCUAUAACUUGCGUCAUAUUAGUCUGCCUAUUCGCGUUACAGCAUUAUGGCACGCACCGUAUCGGCUUUUGUUUUGCGCCGAUCGUGUUAUCUUGGUUAAUCUGCAUAAGUGGGCUCGGAUUGUACAAUAUCUUCACUUGGAAUCCGCACGUUUACAAGGCGCUUUCCCCGUAUUACAUGUUCAAGUUCUUGAAGAAGACUAGAAAAGAUGGAUGGAUGUCGUUGGGGGGAAUUCUCUUGUGCAUAACAGGAUCUGAAGCAAUGUUUGCUGACCUCGGGCACUUCUCGUAUGCUGCAAUUCAGACCGCAUUCACCUUUCUGGUUUAUCCAGCGCUUAUAUUGGCAUAUAUGGGCCAAGCAGCUUUUUUGUCGAAGCAUCAUCACAACAUGCACGAGAUUAGUUUCUAUUUGUCUGUUCCAGGAAGUGUAAGGUGGCCGGUUCUUAUUAUAGCCAUUCUUGCUUCUGUCGUUGGCAGUCAGGCAAUCAUCAGUGGAACAUUCUCGAUUAUCAACCAGAGUCAAUCACUAGGUUGUUUUCCAAGAGUUAAGGUUGUUCACACCUCGGCUAAAAUACAUGGGCAGAUUUACAUCCCGGAGAUAAAUUGGACUCUCAUGAUCCUUUGUGUUGCUGUGACUAUCGGGUUCCGGGACACGAAACAUUUGGGAAAUGCAUCAGGGUUAGCUUUGAUGGCAGUUAUGCUGGUGACUACCUGUCUAACGUCGUUGGUUAUUGUCCUGUGUUGGCACAAGCCUCCGAUUCUUGCGCUUGUCUUUCUUGUUUUUUUUGGAUUUGUUGAAUUGCUUUACUUCUCUGCAUCUGUGAUCAAGUUCCUCGAGGGUGCUUGGCUCCCGAUCCUCCUCGCCCUCAUCUUGGUAACUGUCAUGUUCGUUUGGCACUACGCCACGAUCAAGAAAUAUGAAUUUGAUCUGCACAACAAGGUUUCGUUGGAUUGGCUGCUAGCCUUAGGCCCGAGCCUUGGCAUUGCUCGAGUCCCGGGCAUUGGCAUUGUGUUCAGUGAUCUGACCUCGGGGAUCCCUGCGAACUUCUCACGUUUCGUCACCAACCUCCCUGCCUUCCACCGUGUGCUGGUUUUCGUGUGUGUGAAGGCUGUCCCCGUCCCUUUCAUCCCCCCAGCCGAGCGGUACCUCGUGGGGCGCGUUGGACCGCCCUCCCACCGCUCCUACAGGUGCAUCGUGCGGUAUGGCUACCGGGACGUUCACCAGGAUGUAGACUUCUUCGAAACCGAACUCGUCAGUAAGCUUGCUGAUUUCAUCCGCUACGACUGGUACAAGACGAACGGGAUCAUCACCUCACCGAACGACGACGAUGGGUCUCGUUCUGGUGCAUCGUCAAGCGAAUACCGGUUAGCAGUGAUAGGAACCAUGGCUUUCCCGGGCACACCCGCCUUUGAAAUCGAGGAAACCGCCCAACCCGAGAGCGUUUCCUUCGGUUUCCCCACCGCCGAGAGCCUAACCGACAUCAUCGAGAUGCAACCAACCACAACAGCAGCAUUAGCAGCAGAGAAAAGGGUGAGAUUUGCUGUUGAUGACUCAGAACCAGACUCACACUCACACCAAGAAAUGGACAUUCAGCUUCAAGAAGAGCUGAGGGAUCUCCACGAAGCCCGAGAAGCCGGGAUUGCCUUCAUUCUCGGGCACUCACACGUAAGAACAAAGCAAGGCUCAUCCAUAUUCAAGAGAUUAGCCAUCAACUUUGGGUACAAUCUCCUGAAGAGAAACUGCAGAGGGCCAGAUGUAUCCCUUAAAGUCCCUCCAGUGUCCCUUCUUGAGGUUGGGAUGGUAUAUGUUGUCUGAGAUGUAAAUGAUUGUAAGUUUUGCUUGUUUCUUUACACUUUAAUCUACUGAUCUGAUGCCCUUUUCAAGAUCUGCAAGAAUGUUAACUGCUCAGAUUAGUGUAGUUCUAGAAGGGCAUUUCUGGCUUCAAAUUCCUUUGGUUUUUUUUUUUUUUUUUUUUUUUUUUAAAUUUUUCUGGCCGGUGUUAUUACAGCAUUACUAAGAACUCGCAUACCAAAUGCAAGAAAGGAAGCUAUAAGAGUAGAAUAUACUGAAUUGACAAAAGACUGGAUAUUAUAAUU